AUGAAAGGCUCCUCCUCGCCGGCCGAUGCUAGCACCAGGAGGGUUUCGGGAGGGUUCCUCCAGCCCCGACCGCAGAACGAAGACGAGGAGGUGGAUGCAGAGUUGCAGGGCUGCGACUGCCGGACCCGCAAGCAGGGGCAGCGUGUGCGAUCGCCUGCUUCGGCUUCAGGAGGACUUCCCAGAGCCUGUCCAGAAGACUGCACGCCGCCCCGAGAUGCCCCGGACAGACAGAGCCGGCUUCCACAGCUUCGGGCUGGUGCUUUGCUACUCCCCAACUCCACGGACAGAGAAGGCACAGAAGGCACCGAGCAGCUGAAGAAGGCCCUAAAGGCCUGGCUGCUGGAAGCGGCGAACCCCUGGCUGGAUCCUCUCAAGGAGGCGACUUCCAGGCAAGGGAGGAGGCUUGCCGGUGGCUGCCCGGCGAGCAGUUUGCUGGAGGCGAUGUCCGAAACAGACACGUGCGAAAUCACUGCGGUCGAGCGGGCGGACCGUGGCAGCAACGCGGGAAAAGACACCGGCUUGCUGGAGUUCUUGACCAUCGGCGAAUGUUCCUAUGUGGCCUUCCUGAUCUACGGCGCGCUUCUGGGCUCUUUGAGUGGGAUGGGCCCUGGCACCGUGGCGAUCAUCGGCAUCGUGCUGCUGUGCUGGCCGAUUGCUGCUUGCAAGGUAUGCUGCCGAUGUUGCCGCAAAUGCUGUUGCUCGUGCUGCCGCGAGGGAAAGGAAGUCAGGAAAAUAGGGAACGUCAAGAAGAUUGUGAUCCUUUUGCUGUCCUUGGCUGGUCUGGGUGGUAUGGCAGCACUUCCCAUGGCAGGCAUUAUGGGAGAUGUGAAAGCCGGCACGGCGGUGGCGAACAGCGCAGACUGCGCAUCGAGGGAGUUCCUUCGGUCGGCGCUGGGAGACGUCACCGCCAUCGGCAGUGCGGCAUCCGUUCCUGCAGGAUCCUCGGGGGGCGCGGACCCGGAUCCGGGAUCGAACUCCUCACGACUGCUGCAGGGC